AUGGAAGAUCGUGAUGAUGGUAUUGGGUCGGAAAUAAAUACUCCAAAGGAUGUGCAACAUGCCGAAGAACUGCAUCACAAUUCUGGCCAGGAGGAUAAGGGUGUGAACAGAGUAGAUGAUUUGGUCGCAUUACAUCCGUCAUCGUCAGUUUCUCCGAAUAGUUCGACACCAAUUAGACCGCAGAAUCAGCAUCUUUCCCAACACAUUCCAGGAAUAUCACCAAUUAAAAGAGUUUCAUUAACAGAAUGUGUAUGUGAUAAUACGACAAAUGUUUCGGACUGUUCAGGCGGUGAAACAAGUAAUGGAGUUGUUAGUGAUAAACAGUACACCAAGUUAGAUUUGGCUAUGAUGCUGCGCGACAAACAUUUGGAAUGCAUUGCAUUAGAGGGAGAAAAUGAGCGAUUGUCACAGUUAGUUGAAAAGCUUGCUAAUGAAAAUCAUCAUUUUCAGGAUCAGAUUUCCGUUGCAAAAAGCUGUGCUGCAACUUUAGCCAAAGAAAAGGAAGAACUAAAGAAAACCGCAGGAAAAAAUGAAUCGAAGUUUAUGGAAUGCCAACAUCAGUUACGAAUUGUCGAGCAGAAAUUAGCACUUUUAGAGAAUAUUUCAAUUGAUAUAGAAACAGAUAAGAUGCCUAAUGCAGAAACACUGAAGAAGUUGCAGGAUGAAAACGCUGCAAUGCAAGGAAAAAUUUCAGAGCUUAAAUUAGAGCUAGAAAUAAAGGAGGAAGGAGAAAAAAGUGCUGAAAUCUGGAGAAAGAAGUAUGAUGUCGCAGUAGGAGACAUGGAGGAAAUGCACAAGAUUAAAACUGAGUUGGAAAAAGAGUUAGAAAACAAGCGAGUCGAAAUUGACAUCUUAAAUAGAGAAAAAAGAAGUUGCGACGAGAAGUGCAACAAAUUCAAAAAUUUAUAUGAUGAAAAUGCUGAAAAAGUUGCUCAGUUGCAGAAACAACUACUUGUAGUUGAGGAAAAGUUUAAGCAAUUACAAGAACAAGAUUCGAAAAUCGCAGAUUUGGAGCAAAAACUGGAAACAGAGAGGAAAACUUGGGAGGACGAACGCGAACAUUUAAAGAAAGAGAAAUCGGGACUCGAGAAACGGAUUGAGCAACUUACGCUUGCCAAUUAUGCAUUAUCAACCGAGAAACAGGCAUUACUUGAAGCUGACAACAAAGGUCUGAAAGAUUUGGCUGCGUGGCAGGAGAAAAACGGAAAGCUUACUUUACGGAAUGCGCAACUUGCUGAUGAUCUAAAAAAGUAUCGUGAUAUAGAUUUACGAUUAACAGAAUGCUUAGAUGAAUUAACGAAAAAGGAUUCAUUGAUCGAAGAAUUGAACGGGAAAAUUGCUAAAAAUAAUGAUGAUUUGAAAAGAUUUCGCGAAGAAGCUAUCUAUUUGAGAAUGCAGUUGAAUGAAAAGAAGAAGAAUGACAUUAAGGAAGAUUGGGUUUCGGAAAAGAAAAAGUUACUGUCCGAUUGUGAACACCUAAAAGAAGAAGUUGCGAAAAAUCGAAUUUUAGUGGAUCAAAUUGCAACUGAAAAGCAAAAAAACAGUGAAUUCACAUCAUUGCUGGAGAAGCGUGAAUUGGAACUCAAUGACAUUCGAGCUCUUGUGGAUAAAAAGCAGAAACGGAUAAAUCAAGCCGAAGUUCAGUACCAGUUAGAAACUGCACAACUAAAUGAAAUAAUUAAGGAGAAGGACGAACGUUUGGAACGUUUACAUGCACGGAUAGCUUUGUACGAAUCAUAUCCUGGACAGAACAGCACUGUUUUUUCUUGUUUAACUGAUUCAAAUAGCCAUGCAGAUAUUACCAUAUGGGACGCGCUUCCUGCUACCAUACGUUCGCAGUUAUAUGAACUGAAAGAAAAAUAUCAAGAUCUCAAUGCACUUGUUUAUCGAAUGAUGUCAGAUCCACCGACAAAGCAAUAUGCCACUAUUACGAAGGUUGUGGAAAAUAAGGCAACAGAUUGUUGUAGUCUAGCUUCACGGGCGGAACUGUCACAUUCAGAGUUGAUGAGCAGAAGCGAGUCACGUCUAGCAGUAUGUGAAACUGGAUCAAGCAUUGAAUCUUCAUCAGGAAAUCUAAUUGCUAAACUACACCCAGAAGAAAUAAGUGAAACAAAAGACACAUUACUUUUAAUGCUCGAUUCCGUUCGUCAUGCAGAGAUUCGUGGUAAACUUACUCCCAACAUACAGCAGUUACUAGAGCAUCUUCUAGCUAAUAUACAAGAAGGCGAUAAAUCAGUGGAACAGAUCAGUGGAGCGGUGAGUCGUUUUUUUGCAAAUUUGGAUUUGGCGCUGCGAAAAACACUCUCUGCUUCGGAUGACAAUAGAAUUAAAUGUGAAAAGCUGGAGAAAUUGUGCACAGAAAUGACUGCUGAUCUCCAUGGUGCUCAAGACGAACUUUGCUUUGCCCUUAAUAAGUGCUCGAUAUAUGAAACAAACAUUGACAGUUUAAAACGGCAAUUCAGAUGUCAAAGUCAAAAAUGUGCUGAAUUACACGAGAAAUUGAUGGGAAGUUUCAAGGAAAUCGACAAUUUAACCAAACAAAAAGAUCAUCUCACUGUUGCUCUAAACGAAGCAGAAAUAAUAUUAAAACGUAAAACAGAUUUGGGUUGCCAAGCAGCAGGCACCAUCAAGUGCAUAAAAGACGAGUUGCAAGAAGCCAAAAAAUUUGAAGACCAGAUGAAUGAACGUUUGCGUAAACUGUGUAGGGAAAAAGAGAAAGUGAAACAACAGUUGAGCAAACGGGAACUUGACGUUGUUAAACUCGAGUGUCGCCUUGUCGAAAGUAUUAAUGAAUGUACAAUGAGAGCAUCUGAAUUACAACAUGCCGAAAAUAAGAUAGAUGAAUUACAAAAACGAAAUGAAUAUUUAAAAAGAAAAUAUGAUAAACGAGAAGGUUUCCUUGAAGAAAUGGAAACACUCCUUCGGGCUAUGAAGAUUCGUUGCGAAGGGCUGCAAGGAACGAAUCAACUGCGACAAAAUUUAAUUGAGAAACUGAAAAAACUUCUGGUGAAACUGGGUUGUAAUUUGGAUAAUCCAAAUUUGAUCGGUGGCAAAAGAGCCGGUGCUUUUGACGGUAAUGCGGCAAAAUUAGUAAAAAAAUUGAAAACGCAUGUGCGGCCAUCUCAUCUGCAUCGAUUGAAGGUAGCAAAGAUUGCGCAACGUCUUGAGAAGGACACUGCCAAAAUAGAAGAACUGGAAAAAUGCCGAAACAGUGAUGUUAUGCAUAUUCCAUCCUGGCGCAGUCUGGAUGCUAGUGUUUCAGUAUUAUCUGCUGGUAGUCGCGCUGACGGGGUGCAGAAUGCUGGUCUUACUGCUGGUGGUGUUAAUCAAACAAGUCGUGCCGUUUCUGAAAAUGGUUUCGGUAUACUGUAAAUUUGUUGACAUCAGUGUGAGUUCAGUGAUGAGGAUAGUCACCAUUCAUAUCUUGAACAUGAAAAUGGGUUGCUCAACUGCUUUGCCAUAUGCAACAAGCUGAUCCGCGUAAUAUAUAACGUUAUACUUCAUGAAUUUCUCUUAUU